AUGCCGGCGAUGUCACGGCUGGGCCAGCAGCGAUGCCGGCGAGUGGCGACAACCUCAAGCCCCAUCCAUAAGCCUUCCUUCAUCUGCAUCUCGCCGUCUAGGAUUGGGACUCGUCCCUUCUUGAACCGUGCUGCAAUGGGGCGCGACCCAUCCAUAAAUGGGACGUCAACCCAUCUUGUACCCAUACCUCGAUUUGGGUCGGCGUACCUGAAACCUUUCCAAGAGGAUUUGGUAGCGCUGCUGCAUCCACAGGCCAGAUUGAUUCCUAUGGCUUCUGAGGAAACCAACUCAAAGAAGAAGAAAGAGGAGGAAUGCAUCAUAAACUGCCUUCCAGGUGACCUCGUUGAGCGGAUAUUUUUGAGGCUUUCAGUGAGCACUUUGCUGAGAUGCACUGAAGUCUGCAAGCAGUGGCACAAAGUCAUCCGAGACCCCCAGUUCAUCACAGCACACCUUGAGCAAGCUCCCCGUUGUGCCCUCCUAUUCUUUCCACAAGAGUCGGUUCAUGGCAAGCCCUACCCUAGUGAUGCUAUUGUCUUUGAUGAAGGCUGGUCCCAGUCAACAGUGGCCGUGCCAGUGAUUGGGCCGGAUGAUUUUCUUUGCGGCUCAUGCAAUGGGCUUCUCUGCUUAUACACAAAGGCAUCAACAAUCAAGAUUGCUAACCUUGCAACCGGUGAAUGCCUGCAUCUUGACAAACCUAUAAAAAAUUUGAAGGGUGAUCACUUCUCUUUCUACCGUUUUGGAUUUCACCCCGUCACAAAAGAGUACAAAGUUACACACUUUCUUGGUGAGCAUCACAACAAUUCUCAAGGAACCUUUAAUGUCAUUCAAGUUUACACGCUUGGGAGUGACAAAUGGAAAGAUGUUAGAAGUUCUGAAGAUCUAAGCUUAAGCUGUGUGAAGAACUCUGGUGUAGUGAAUACCGAUGGAGCGAUGUUUUGGCUAACUGAAGAUGCCGAAGCUAGCUGGAAGCAUGCUGUUAUAUCUUUUGAUCUAAGUGAAGAAAGUUUUGCACGGAUACAGCUGCCAGAUUCUACACUUGGAGGUUAUCGUCGGUACUGGAUCACAGAGAUAAAUGGGAAGGUAUGUAUAGCGACUGCCGAAGUCCACCAGCACUGGCCCAGAAUGCUUUCUGGUAAGCUGCAGAUCUGGACAUUGUGUAGCAAACUAGAGUCAAGCUGGAGCCAGAUGUACAGCCUUCGGUACACACAUAAUUACCUUCCGGGUCCACAUUUUGUUCACUGGGAUAAGAUCAUGAUGCAGUCUAGUUUAGGUGAUCUAUGUUCGCAUGAGUUGUUUGGCAAGGGCUGUGGGACUAAGUUAAGCAAACGGGUGAAGCUGCUGAAUUUCAGCCCCCACAAACCAGAUAAUGUGCAAUCCUUUAUAUGUGUGAAGUCACUUGUAAGAUUAGAUGCAUACAAGAAGGUUCGUAUCGUGCAUGGAUCGAAACAGCAGGGUGGCUGGGGAUUGAAGAAAUGGGAGGCGUGGGAGCGUGAUAUUUGCGGUGUAGAGAAUGUGUGGAAAAAGGUCUAUAAGUUGGAGCGGAACUCAUUGGCAGUUGCACAACAUCUGGCCACAGCAGCCAAGAUGGUCUUGCAGCGUGUGCCAGAUGAGGUGACUCGGCAGCAAAUAGCAAUGGAAAUCGAUCAGACAUUGCAGCAUCUGCCAGAUUUUUCUGAUCAGCAUCGAAGGCCUCAGCGGCGUCUUAAUUGGGUUGCAUGGAAGCGGGAUGAUGAGAAGUUAGCAGCUCGUGUGAAUAGAUUAAAGGAUAUAACCAAGGCUAUGGGGAAGGUAGCUGAUGGCAUCCACAGCGCUUUAAGUGAUAUGCUGAAUCAUCUUCAGCGCAUAUCGAAGGAUGCUGCCGAAAUUUCAAAUGAAUCAUGA